AUGCCUCCUAAGUCAUCCUCACGAGCGUGGGACGCUCUCACGCCUCCCUUAUCAGAAUGGACCCUCGAUGCUGUGGGCUCAAUGGGCUUUACGCGCAUGACUCCAGUCCAGGCCUCGGCCAUACCUCUGUUUAUGCAGCAUAAGGAUGUGGUGGUGGAGGCUGUCACUGGAAGUGGAAAGACCUUGUCAUUCUUGAUACCGAUAGUUGAAAAGCUGCUUCGCCUUGAUCAGCCUCUCAAGAAGCAUCAUGUGGGAGCGAUUGUCAUUUCUCCGACGAGAGAAUUGGCCAUGCAAAUCCAUCAAGUUCUUCUCUCGCUAUUGGAAUUCCACCCUGCCUCGGCCGCAGCUAUCAAGCCCGCUGAAGAGGGCGUCCCUCGCCCGAAAUCCUCCGCGUCGACAUUGAAGGUCGUUCCGCAGCUCCUUCUGGGUGGCUCAACAACUCCUGCUGAAGAUUUGAAAUCAUUCCUUAAGAAUUCGCCCAAUGUGUUGGUCGGUACGCCUGGAAGAUUGUUGGAGCUACUUUCUUCACCACAUGUUCACUGCCCCCAGGCGUCUUUUGAAAUGCUUGUCCUGGACGAGGCCGACAGACUUCUGGAUCUUGGAUUCAAAGAUGACCUACAAAAGAUUUUGCGCCGGCUGCCCAAGCAGCGAAGGACGGGAUUGUUUAGUGCUAGUAUCAGCGAGGCUGUUGAUCAGAUCGUACGCCUGGGUCUACGGAAUCCAGUCAAAAUCGCUGUCAAGGUCAAAGGAGGAGCUGGUAUUGAGGAAAAGCGCACUCCAGCAAGUCUGCAAAUGACAUACUUGACAACACCUCCGCUUCACAAAUACGCUAUCUUGAAGCACAUUCUUUCCUCCGUCCAACCCACACCGCAAAAGACCAUUUUCUUUGUAUCAACAUGUUCCAGCGUCGACUACCUCGCCAUGAUAUUACCGAUAAUCCUAGGAGAUGACUUCCUACUAGUUCCUCUACAUGGAAAACACCAAGCCAACGUCCGCCAAAAGAACUUCAUCCGCUUCACUACAUCCACCGCACCCUCCAUCCUCCUCACCACCGAUGUCGCCGCUCGCGGUCUCGACAUUCCCUCCGUGGACUUGGUAGUCCAGAUCGACCCACCAUCCGACCCCAAAACCUUCAUUCACAGAUGCGGUCGUUCUGGCCGUGCCGGCCGCCGAGGUCUCAGCAUCGUGCUCAUCCACCCCGGUCGGGAGGAGGACUACGUAUCGUUCCUUGAGAUCCGCAAAACACCAGUCGCGCCAUACCACCUACCAGAGUUCACCGACGAGCAGGCCACAGCCGCCACCGACAAAAUCCGCAAAGCCGUGUUGAAAGACCGUGCCAUGCACGACAAGGGCCAGAAGGCAUUCGUCAGCUGGCUGCGCAGCUACAGCAAGCACCAAGCAAGCAGUAUUUUCCGAGUUGCAGAUCUCGACUGGGAAGCUCUUGGCAAAGCAUGGGGGCUCCUCAAACUGCCCAAGAUGCCUGAACUACGCUCCUUUGAAGGAGACAAGACGCUAGGCGUCACUCUUGACUGGCCCAACUACACUUAUAAGGACAAACAACAAGAAAAGCGUCGCAAGGAGGCUAUGGCUGAGGCUGCCAAUGCGCAGACUACGGAUCAGGGGUCGACCAAGCGACGGGCUCCUGAGAGUGUGGCUUGGAGUCAAAAGACGGAAGAACGGGAGCAGAGACUCAAGAAGAGGGAGUUCAAGAAGGCACGGAAGGAGAAAGAGAGAUGGGAACAAAUGCCGGAGGAUCAGAAGCAGAAAGCUCUUGAAACACAGCGCAUGCUGGAGGAAGUUCGUGCUAAGAAUGAGCGGCAGCGGUUGCUGAGGGAGGCUGCCAAGGUGGAGGGCGCCAAGGUGGAGGGCGCCAAGGUGGAAGGCGCCGCAGGAGGCGAUGAGUUCCAGGGUUUCGAUUAG